CUCAUUCUUUAGAUUCUCUUUCCUUCCUUUAUUUUCUCUUUUAUUCCUUUAUAUUUUUCACAAUUAAUAUGGUAUCACAUGAUGAAUCACCCACAUCCCCACCCCUCCACACAACUACCGGAGUUACCUCUGCAGCCACCCACAUCCCAUUACAUCAUCCCUCCACUCAUGACACAGAUAGCCCGUAUUUCAUCCACCCUUCCGACAGCACCGGUGCCGCCUUGGUUGGUCACCUGCUCACCGGCCUAGAUGAUUACAAUGCUUGGUCUCUCGCCAUGAUAAUGGCUUUACGUGGCCGAAAUAAAUUUUCUUUUGUUGAUGGCUCUCUUCCCAUGCCUUCUCGUGACGACCCCAACCACGACCGAUGGCACCGGGUUAACAAUUUGGUCAUGUCAUGGAUCCUCCACUCUAUUCACGUCAACCUUGCUCACACCGUCCUUUAUGCUCCCGAUGCCGCCACAGUGUGGUCGGACCUCAAGGCUCGUUUCUCAACCUCUAGUGGACCUCGGAUUUAUGACCUUGAACGCCAAAUAUCUACCCUUAACCAACAUGACGACACUAUUGCCGUUUAUCACAACAAACUCCAACGCCUUUGGAGUGAACUAACUCUUGCUGAUCCACCGCCCAAGUGCACUUGUGCCGCCCGCACUCAAUAUGCCGCUCAACUUGACCGCCGCCGUCUCAUGCAAUUUCUUAUGGGUCUCCGUGAUACAUUCGCGGCAUCGCGUAGCCAACUUUUACUCACCACUGUCCUCCCUCCAGUCCACCAAGCUUAUAAUUUACUUCUUCAAGAUGAGGCUCAACGUCUCCAGAGUCAGUCCUACCACACUGACACCACCUCCGCUCUCCUAGCUACACCGGCCACCCAAACCGGCAAAACCCAUAUCGCUCAUACAAAUUCUAUCUCACGCAACUACUCACACCCUAACUCUAACCGGCCUCGUUGUACUCACUGUGGCAUCCCUGGACACACACAACAAGUGUGCUACCGCUUACAUGGAUAUCCACCUGGCCACAAAUAUUACAAGAAAGGAAAUACUCAUGGUGCUCCAACCGUCACCACCACCAAUCCCGCCCCUUCGACCUCCUCCGAUUCCAUUCAACAACUUCUCCGUCUUCUUCGGGAGGUAAAUGAACCAAAGGCCAAUCUUGCCGGACCUUUUGACGAAGGAGGAGAUUGGUCGGGGCCAUAGGAAAUAUGGACUAUAUUUUCUAACGCUUCCACCCACACCGACCACGUUUUUUGCCGCAUCACCCACCACUUGGCACUCCCGCCUUGGCCAUCCGUCCUCUAAUGUCUUUAAAUUAUUAUCUCCAAUUCUUGGUUGUUCAAAUAAAUUACAUUUGUGUGAUAUAUGCCACUUGUCUAAACAGACUAGAUUGCCUUUUCCCAUUCGUAGCUCUUUUACUCAAAAUUGUUUCGAUCUAAUUCAUAUUGAUGUUUGGGGAAAAUACAAAAAUCCCACAAACAAUGGUCACUAUUAUUUUUUAACCAUUGUUGAUGAUUUUUCUCGCACUACGUGGACUUAUUUAAUGAAAUUUAAAACUGAUGUUUUUUCCUUAAUUGUUCAUUUCUUGGCUUAUAUUAAAAAUCACUUUAAAACAUGCGUCAAAAUCAUACGAUCUGAUAAUGGUACAGAAUUUACCAAUCAUAUUUUUCAAAAAGUUCUUAAUGAAAAUGGUAUACUUCACCAA